AUGCUCAGUGAGGAACAACUGGAAGAACUGCGUGAGGCGUUUGGUCUUUUCGACAAAGACCACAAUGGGCAGAUCACAUUACACGAGCUUCGCUCUAUGAUGAAGCUAUUUAAUCGCGCCUGCACAACUGAAGAGGCCAGAGAGAUCAUGGCCACAGUAGAUAAGAAUCAAGAUGGCGUGAUCGACUUCCGCGAAUUUGUUGAGCUAAUGACACCAAUGAUGAUAUCCUCAACGACACCUGAGAACGACUUAAAAGUUAUCUUCGAAUUUUUCGACAAGGAUAACGAUGGAAAUAUUACAAACCGGGAGUUGAAAGCUAUGCUGCAGAGUCUGCAUUUAAAACUGACGGACAGUGAGGUUGAAGAGAUGAUAUCUGAAGCGGAUGCCGACAAAAAUGGAACCGUCUCUUUUGAAGAGUUUAAGAACAUAAUGAUCAAGCAUAGGAAGCAAUAG